AGUUUCCCAUAGAUUAGCAACCAGCCAUCUAAUUUUUUCCCCCCUUCCUAAUGUUUCUCACUCCCAUCACCCUCACCCUCCCAGCCCGGAAUUCUUUCCUCUGUGAUACGCUGGUCACACGGAAGUCCUUAUCGGCAGGAAGGAAAAGCUAGAAGGUCAGAUUCACAAACGUCUUGAAAAUGUCAGCUCUUGCAAGGUUACGAGGCUUCCAGGAUUGCUGAGCCAUUUUUCUCCCACGUCUUCUGGAUGCGCAGAACAGCUGGCAGACCUAUUACAAUUUAUGCAUGUUAGAGAUCAGCAUCUUUGCUUGGUAAAUGAGUAUGGAAGAUUAUGACUUUCUCUUCAAAAUAGUUUUAAUCGGGAACGCUGGUGUGGGGAAGACCUGCUUAGUGCGACGAUUCACACAGGGGCUUUUCCCACCAGGCCAAGGAGCCACCAUUGGGGUUGACUUUAUGAUUAAGACAGUGGAGAUAAAUGGCGAGAAAGUAAAGCUGCAGAUCUGGGACACAGCGGGGCAAGAAAGGUUUCGUUCCAUUACGCAGAGCUAUUAUCGCAGUGCCAAUGCGUUGAUCCUGACCUAUGACAUCACCUGCGAAGAGUCCUUCCGGUGCCUCUCCGAAUGGCUACGGGAAAUUGAGCAAUACGCCAGCAAUAAGGUCAUCACCGUCCUAGUUGGAAACAAGAUUGAUUUAUCUGAUAAGCGAGAAGUCUCCCAACAAAGAGCUGAAGAGUUUUCCCAAGCCCAGGAUAUGUACUAUCUGGAGACGUCCGCAAAAGAAUCCGAUAACGUGGAAAAACUGUUUUUGGACUUGGCUUGUCGGCUGAUCAGCGAAGCGAGGCAGAACACCCUGCUGAACAAUAUGGAGUCCCCCUUGCCGGGCGAAGGGAAAAAUAUCAGCUAUUUGACUUGUUGCAAUUUUAACUGACCGCAUUUGAACCCCAAGAGUUAUGACCGCUCCUCCUUCAGGCCUCUCUCUGGAGGCAAAGGCUGCCGUGACCCGGUCUGACUGGUGGAGAUAGUCAGACGCCCGAUCAUGAAGCAUGCCAGGCUGGUCAUUUGUCUGCAGGGUCAGCCUAGAAUAUAAUCCUUUCCCCCCCCCUUUUUAACACAUCCCCCAACCCUGGAGCCCCGAAAUCUGCAGGAGAAUUAGGAUUCCAAAAGGUGCUAGGGAGCAGCUGGUCAGGUCAUGGUUUUCACUUCUUGGAAGCAUCUGGGAUCCUUCCUCUUGGAAAUCCAGGGUGAAUUGUGCCUGCACGAGACCUUUCGCAUCUUCACGGAAGGAAAUUAAGAGGCGCGUUAGAAAAAUGGCUCUGGGUUGCCAACUAAGUUGACAACACUUGUAUAUAAACCAUGACCCAGAGUGCCAUUUUGUUCGGCACAAUAACUCCACCAAGUGUGCGUGUUGUGUGCGUAUGUGAUUUUUUUUUUUUUGAAAAAACAACCACCACCAUCACCACCCCUAAGUAUUAAUGCAUCUGUGUUCUGGCAUUUUGAUAAACAUGGAAAUUAAAAAGGGAUAUGCUGGUCGUUUGUAACCGGCAGGGUUGAGAUUG